CGGCUGAGGCGGAGCUGGGUCUGAAUGAAGGCGCCGCGGGCCGGGGGCCACCGGCGCCGCUGAGCGCUCUGGGGCCGCGCCCGCCCCGCGCCCCUUCUCUCCCUCCCCUCCCCGCGGGCAGGUCGGCGGUGGCGGCCGCCCGGGUCCCGCCAUGUCCUACAACAAGAUCCCGCCGCGCUGGCUCCACUGCCCCAGGAGGGGGCAGCCCGUGGCAGGGAAGUUUUUACCUUUGAAGACAAUGUUAGGACCAAGAUAUGAUGAACAGGUUGCUGAAGAAAAUCGUUUUCACCCGAGUAUGUUAUCCAACUACUUAAAGAGUCUGAAGGUUAAAAUGGGUUUGCUGGUAGACUUGACAAACACCACUCGAUUCUACGAUAGGAACGAUAUAGAGAAGGAAGGGAUUAAAUACAUAAAGCUUCAGUGCAAAGGGCAUGGUGAGUGCCCUACACCUGAGAAUACAGAAACAUUUAUCCGUGUUUGUGAACACUUCAGUGAUAAGAAUCCCUCAGAGCUUAUAGGUGUCCAUUGCACCCAUGGUUUCAACAGAACCGGAUUUCUGAUCUGUGCCUUUUUGGUUGAGAAGUUGGACUGGAGUAUUGAGGCUGCUGUGGCUACUUUUGCUCAGGCUAGGCCACCAGGGAUUUAUAAAGGUGACUACUUGAAGGAGUUAUUUCGUCGUUAUGGAGAUGAAGAUGAUGCACCCUCACCACCUGAGCUACCAGAAUGGUGCUUCGAUGAAGAUGAAGAGGAAGAUGAUGAUAAUGGUAAAACAGGAGGCCAAGAAUCAGAACCUGGAUCAUCAAGCUCUUCCUUUGGCAAGAGGAGAAAAGAACGCCUAAAACUGGGUGCAGUGUUCUUGGAAGGAAUAGCAGUGAAAUUUGUGACCCAGGUGACAACACAACCAAAGUUAGGAGGAAUCCAGCAAAAAUGCCAGCAGUUCUGUGGCUGGGAAGGGUCUGGAUUCCCUGGAGCACAGCCUGUUUCCAUGGACAAACAAAAUAUAAAGUUCUUGGAGCAGAAGCCAUACAAAGUUAGCUGGAAAGCAGACGGCACUCGGUACAUGAUGCUGAUUGAUGGCAAGAAUGAAGUUUACAUGAUUGAUAGAGACAAUUCCAUCUUUCAUGUCUCUAAUCUGGAGUUUCCAUUUCGCAAGGAUCUUCGCACACAUCUAACGAACACUCUUCUGGAUGGGGAGAUGAUCAUCGACAAGGUGAAUGGCCAAGUUGUCCCUCGGUACUUGAUAUAUGACAUUAUUAAGUUUAAUGGCCAGCCUGUUGGAGAUUGUGAUUUCAACGUUCGCCUUGCCUGCAUAGAGAAAGAGAUCAUAUUUCCCCGCCAUGAGAAGGUGAAGAGUGGCCACAUUGACAAAGCACAGGAACCCUUCAGCGUCCGGAACAAACCCUUCUUCGACAUCUAUGCUUCAAGAAAGCUCCUGGAGGGAAGCUUUGCCAGAGAAGUUAGCCACGAAGUGGAUGGACUCAUAUUUCAGCCAACAGGAAAAUACAGGCCUGGUCGGUGUGAUGAUAUCUUGAAAUGGAAGCCACCCAGCCUGAACUCUGUUGAUUUUCGCCUAAAGAUAACAAGAAUUGGUGGAGAGGGGCUGCUCACCCAGAACGUUGGACUUCUUUAUGUUGGAAACUUUGACAGACCUUUUGCACAAAUUAAGGUGACGAAGGAACUGAAGCAGUACGACAAUAAAAUUAUCGAGUGCAAGUUCGAGAACAACAGCUGGGUCUUCAUGAGGCAGAGAGUAGACAAGAGCUUCCCAAAUGCCUACAGCACUGCCAUGGCUGUGUGCAACAGCAUCCAGAAUCCGGUCACAAAGGAGAUGCUGUUCGAAUUCAUCGACAGAUGCGCAGCAGCUUCGCAAGGACAGCCGCGGAAGCACCACCUCGAUCCCGACACCGAACUGAUGCCUCCCCCACCCCCCAAGCGGCCGCGCACCAUCACCUAAGGACUUGCUCUCAGCCAGUAGCCUGUUUACAGUUCUCCAGAAGGUGAAAAGCAAGUGUGAAGGGCAGGGAAAAAGAAAGAAGGAGAGAGAUCUGACCUGCUGUAAAUACUUGAGUGUGUUGUUUGGAGUUUGUUUGUUUGGUUGAGUGUUUUGGGUUGCUGUUGGUUGUGGUUUUGUUCUUUUUAUUUUGGGUUGCUUUUGUUUUGUUUUGUUUUUCUUUCAAAUGCCACACACAGAUGGACGUUUUGUAGCUGAUACAUUCGACCUCACCUUAUGGUAUCUGAAAAGGCAAGUUUGCAAAGGUUUAGUACAAGGACAGCACAAUGAAAUCAAUGGAAAGCUGCCUUGUUUGUGUAUGGAUCUCUUUUCACCUUUCAUUUCUAAUGUCAGCAAGCUGGAACUGAGAAAACAUUGGCAUGCUGGACUUUUUAAAGGCUGUGCUUAAGGAGAAAAAAGGACAAAAAGAAGGCAGAAAUGUGGGUUUUUUAUUAUUAUUAUUAUUAUUAUUGUUCCCUCUCCCCCCAUAGCAAAACUGAACUUAGUUUCCCUGCAUUGCUGAGACUUGUGUUGAACAGGAAACAGCAAUGUCGUUUGUGCUCUGUGUUGGUCAAAAGCUGAACCACCUUAGGUUUCACUGAUUUCAGAGUUAGCUGAGGGGUUUUAUUUUGUUGUUGAGGUAUUUAAGAAGUGAAUGCUUUCUUGUAAAUAGCAACCAUGCUGAGUGUUUGGUUUUCUCCCCUCUUUGACCCUAGCACACCAAAUAUAUAGUGAGCUGAUUUUAGCUUAUUUGUUUCCUUUUUAAGUUUACCUGUAGAUAAGGAGUACACCAAAUCCUUAGUAUUAAGGUCUCUAUUAAGGGACUGUUUGUAAGUUCUCCACAGUGAUACUCAUUGUAAAUACUGAUGAAAAGUACACCUCACUGUGAUAUGCAAGAGUAAUAAGCAGCACUGAUUGUGAUGGCUUUGAGCCAGGCACAGAGCGGUGAAAGAAAUGCCAGACAGUGCUCCUGUGUACAAGAGAAGGUAGUUUCAGUGGCAGAGGGAGAAAGUCUCUUGUUUAAGUGAUUGCAGGGCUGAAAUAAGCCGUUUAGAGGGGUAGAUGAGUGUCCCAGGGAACAGGACACUCAUAGUCAAAGGUGAGGGCAGCUGUGGUACCCUCCUCAGGCAGUGGCUGCCUGCCUUUCAUCCCAGAUGCAGGCCACAAGUGCCCUGCUGGCUCUUGUUGCAGUGCACUGCCAGAUGUUCAUCAAAUUAGCUUUGAGAGGCUGCAUUCUGGCUGGCUAAGGGAGAAGUUGUUCUGAGCUGGCACUAAUUGGAAACCAAAUGCAGAUUUUGAAGUUUACUGUCCAUUUAUCAGGCAGGGAUUGGAUUGGCUCUUUCUAGAGUUUCCUUAGCAUGUGACUCAUCCAUUCACACAGCAAUCUGAUUAGUGAAGCUCAUUAAUUUGUAAUAACUAAAAUGCAUUUUCUGUUUAAAUGAGCUUUAAUGUUUGUAAGCAAAAUUAAGUCCUGUAUGGGUUUUUUUUUUGGGGGGGGGGGGGGGUUGUUUUGGUUUGAUUUGGCUUUUUUUUUUCCUGUAUGGAAACUUUACACCUCUGCUUUCUGGUGUUGCUUCUGUAGUUGUUUCAAGCUGUUGUAUAAAUGCACAGGGCAUCAUUUAGGUAGUGUUCCCAGCUUCUCUUUCUGGGAUGUUCUGUCUGUGUUUUAAAGGAGGAGUUAUAUAUAUGUUAAUUUUUAUACUAUGGUAAAACUUGAGGGGAAAGGAAAAGAAGUGUUCAUCAGAGUCCUUUCUUUCUUUUUGCUUUUUCAACUGUACAUAGUUUCUGCCUAUUCUCUGUAGAAAAGAUUUAGUAUCACCUAUGCAAGGUUGCAAAACGAUCUCUUUGAGAGAGCCUUAUUGAUUUGAUGUGAAGAACCUAUGCAGCCUCUGUGCAUCUUGCAUUGAAACACGCAGUUGGUUACUUCUUCGCUCAGCAGAAGCGAUUCCCUCCCCAGAUCACACUUGUCAUUGAGGUUGUCACAACGUACACUUUGUCACUGAUCUCCCUGCUCCCAUGGCAGUCACAAUGUGUAUGAUGAUUACAGCCUUCUCCUUGAGGCUGGGACUUUUCAGUCUUGUAAAGAUGUGUCCAGAUUCUUUCCUUCUCUCUCCUCCCCACCCUUUGCAUCUUGUAUUUCGACAUGACCUAGCUUCUGAUUUACCUUUUCACUUCAGAGCUACAACCCUGCAGGGUGUCUUCCACGAGCAUUCCACCGAGUCCCUGAGUAUGUUGUGGCCCUUCUGCUUUGACAGUGUCCUUUAUUUCCCCCUCCCCCAAUCUCAACUUGAAAUAGGUAUUUUCAAAGAGCAGAGACUCUGAGAAGGUUUGGGAGCUCCACGUUCACAUGUGAUUGUCGAACUCUUCUUGCACUAUGCCUCGUAGCUUUUUGGAGAGGACAGUCACCUUUGCUUCUCUGGAAGGGGAAGGGCUGAAUGAGGAACGUGAUGAAAGUAAGUGAAAUUUCACUUGGACCAGAUGAUUCCAAACACAACCAAACCACAUUUCUCUGCUACUCAAGAGAUGGAAGCUAAGAAGCAAAGAAGAGUCUGUGCCAGGCAAAUAAUGGUGAUUAAACACCCCCCCCUCCCAACUUGUCUAUUCUUCGGUGUUCAGCAUGGAUUCAUCCACUGUUUUGUCACUUGUUAAAUCCAACCACACUUUGCUUUCAGUGGAGUUUUCAGAGAACAUGAGUACAUUCCUCUACAAACUGUGUAUUAAGUAUUUUAAUAAAGUCAAUGGUUUAAAAUA